AUGGACGAUAAAACUCAACAAUAAGUCAUAGAUCAGACAAAGAAUUCUACCUCAUAAAAUCAAUCAGCUGUACCAUUCAGACUUACCAAUGAUAUAAAAUAGACAAGUGGCUAGAGCUAAUAGCAAUAGUCGGCGAAUCAGUAAUCUUACUUCUACAACAACCCACAAGCAUAGAUUUACCCAAACUCCUCUGCUUAAGUUGGAAACCUUAUGAAUCACUACUAUGCUCCUUAAGGUGCACAAACUUUCACUUCAAACCAGAAUUUGCCUGUUUAAUUCAAUUCUAGUGCCAGUCAGUAUACUUCUUAAGCAGCAGCUGCUAUGUAUAUGCAGCAGAGUUAAAAUCCUCAUCAUUAGAUGUUUUAUAACUAGCAAGCUGCUUAUGCUUAGUAAAUGAUGAGCAUGAAUGAUCCUUAAGGCAUUAUGAUGAGAUAGUAGUAGCAUUUAAUGACUUCUCAUAUGACUGAUCAUUCGCAUCUUUAACUUCAGAAUUAAAUGAUGCUGCAUUCUAUGGGUAAUGGAAUGAUUUUACCUUAAGGUGCCCUAGGGACCGAGGAAUCUAAAGAUCAUCACAGAGAAGUAACUCUUACAAAUGCUGAGGAUGACAUAAAUAUCGAUCUUGGAAAGGAACUUGCAAGUAAUCUAGGACAUGAAAUGAUGUAAGAUGAUUGCGAUAACACUAUCUCAAGAUUUCAUGAGGAAGAGGGACAAGUAAAUUAAACUGAUGAUCCUCUUCAUAACACAGCCUCUGUAAACUAAAAUUCUCAUGUAAAUCCUUCUGACAUGAGAUAACCCAAUGGGAAUAUUGGUCAAGGUUAAGGAAAUCAAAAUUCAGUAAGCACUAAGUUUUAGGUACCCCAGAGUCCUGGCGCUCUAGUCUAACAACCUAAUAUGCCUCUGCCUUAAGGAGGUAGUGCGAUAGAAUAAUACUAAGUUUAGAGUCUAGUAUCGAGACUUAAGGAUUUAGAGUAUGACAACUUUAGAUUAGAUAGAAAACUUAGUGAAAUACUUAGCAGAUCUUGGAGAAUAGAAACAAUGUUCAACAAUUACGUCUUCAACUAGUAGUUUAGAGACAAAUACGAAAUGUCCAAGUAUUAUUGCCAAGGAGAUGAAGGAACAAACAAUACCAACAGUAGAGAUAGAAAGACUUUCUAUGUACAUUUUGUUGACUAUUUAGGUUCAAACUCCUUUAGAAAAAUAUAGGAUGCUAUUGAUAUAGCGAAUGAUAAUGAUAAAGUUGUAGUUGCUGCUGGAAUAUAUAAUGAAAGUAUUGUCAUUAGCAAGCAAAUUAUAUUGAUCUCAAGUGGAUAUGUUGAGAUUAGGUCAAGCAUGCAAAAUGUUAUCACAUGUUGUGCUCCAAAUGAAGGCUGCUUAAUAAAAGGAUUUGCUGUAAGAAGACUCGAUGGAUCAAAGGUUGAUCCAACCACAUGUGGAGUUAAUACAGUAGCGUCUAAUACUGCAAAUGAUUUGACUUAAAAAAGUGGGACUAAUGUAUCUGAUAGAGAUUUAAGAGUGAAUGAAGGAAAAUUUAACAAUAGAAAUAGAGAUAGAGAUGAUGAUGAUCCAAAAAAUUCUAAUAGAGUGUUCUCUUGUGAGAACAAAUUCGCAAUUUAUGUAAAAGAAGGUAGAGCUACUAUAGAGGAAUGUGAUAUGCUAAGUGAAUGCGGAACAGUAGUAUUUUGCAAUCCUAGAUCGCACACUAAACUUGUGAAGAAUCUAAUAUGUGGAUCUAUUGGAUCUGGAGUUAUGGUCACAGGUAAAGGAGCUAGGAUCCUUGCUGAAGAUAAUCAUAUAUACGGUAGCACAGGAUGCGGAAUAGAUGUAAGAAAUAAUGCUUCAUGCACUCUAGUAAAAAAUAAGAUUCACAAUUGUGAUAAGUCUGGAAUUUACAUACUCAUGACCAAUGAUGCAAGAAUAUUUAGAAAUGAGAUUUGGGAGAAUCAUUUCUCAGGUAUAGAAGUAACCAAUGCAUAAAAGGUGGAAAUUAUUAACAAUAAAAUCUAUUAGAAUAAAAGAGCUGGUCUAUAUUUUCACACAGAGUCAGAUGUAUUUGUUGAGAAUAAUGAAAUUAUUGAGAAUAAAAAUGCCAAUGUUAUAAUGAAGGAAAAAUCUAGAGUCAAAAUGGUUCAUAAUUUCAUUGGUAGAUCAAUAGGCUCAGGGUUGGUAAUACUCACUGGAAGUGGCUGCUAUUUUGAAUAGAAUAUCAUUAAAGGAUGCAUGAAUAAUGGUAUUGAUCUUUGUCACGGAGACAUCUAUGCAAGUAAAAAUGUUAUUAUAGACAAUGAUAGAAGUGGACUCUAUGGAAAUGGACAUAUAAAAGGAUUCUUUCAAAUGAACAAGAUUAUUGGUAACAAGCUAUAGUCUUGGAAUAAUGGAUUGUGCAAGUACAUUAUGGAUCAAGAUGGGAAAGGAGGUUAUAAUAAUCUUCAAUCGAUCAAAGGAAUUUCAAAAGAGAGAUUCGUGAUGUUCAGAAACAUUGAUGACUGUGAGCUCAAGAGUCUCGACAUGUUUGCAAGGCAGUAGUAGCAAACAAGGAAAGAUAUUAAGCUUUCAGAUGCAGAGUUUGAGUCAAGAAAGCAUGACUAAAAAAUGCUUUAAAUUCUGAAGGAACUAGACUAAAUUGAAAAAAGCUUUUUCAUACCAGUAAAUGCACACCCACUUAAAAAAGUUAACGAAGGAUUCUAGAAACCUGCAAAUCCUAAUGAUGAAGACAAUGCCAGUAUGUCAUCUGCUAACAUGGCUUACAUGAGCGACCAUAACAAAUAAUGGGGAUCUAGCAGCAAUUACCAAAAGCGUGAAACAUCAAGAGGAGGAGGUGAGAGAGGAAAUAAUACAGCCUCGAUUCAUGAUAAUCUAUCAGAUUUUGAUAAUAAUGCUUCAUAAAGAAGAUCAAGAUAGACUGGAGGAUUCUCUUCCCCAAAGAAGUUUGACAAAUCCUAAGGAAGAUAUGUUAGCUAGCAUGAUAGAUCUCGAGAUCCAAUUGACAAAUCAUGCCAUCAUAGUGCAAAUAAGAGAAGUAGAAAUAUUUCUAGAUCAAGAAGUAGAAGCCCAAUUUAGAAUACAAGAAGAAAAUCCACUAGCAGGGAUCGUAAAAAAUACUCGCCAUAAAAAUCACCUCAAAGACAGCCAACAAAGUAUCCAUUAUAAAAGGAGAAUCUCAAUUCCACCAAUUAGAUAAAUCAGUCAAACUCAACUAUCCAAAAUUAGUAGCUAAUAAUGAAUAAUAUCAGUAGACCGAAAACUCCAGAGAAAGAAAAUCUAAUUAAUUUUAACAAACCAAUAGAAUAAAUACAUUAAGUUAGUGAGCAAAAUAAGCAAGCUCCUACAUUAAAUUUAGAUGAUAUUAAAAGAACUUAAUUAAGCAAUAGCAACUUGACCGCUGUAGAAACAGAUCUUGUUUAUGCUUUGGAAUCUUGCAAUGAAAACUCGAAUUAACUAAUAAUUAAUCAGAAUAGUAGUGUUGGCAAUUUGCAAAAUAAUUCAUAAUUUUUGGAAUCAUAAAAGACGACAGAUUACUCCUAGAAUACUAACAACACUCUUACACAGAGUACUAUUUAAUAGCAGAUAAAUAGCCAGCUAGGCAAUGACUCAAAUUAGUUUAGUAUGAAUAUUGAAAAUGAAAGUGAAAAUUUGUUAAACAAAGGUAACUUAGAGAGUGAAAUCAACGAUGCGAGUCACUGUAGUGAAAAGAGUAAAUAGAAGUUGAAAGGUAUUAACAAGAGCCACACACCUAAAACAGCAGAAAAAAUAUUUAUUGUUACUAAUGAAAAACAAAGAUUGGCUUAAUAGUAAUAACAGCAAAACUAAUGA